AUGGGGCUAGAGGGCUUCGCCUAUCCGAUACAACAACGGCUGCGUUCCUUCAUCGAGUGCUACAGGUCGAUCAGCCUCUACCACAGGAACUUAGGCUUCUUUUGCGUCGGCAUUUUGGGGGGGAGUAUAUGGGGGUCUUAUGAGAGGAGGGGGAGAGACGCGGCAAAUGCAGACUGCUCGGCUGUUCGUCUGACAUUCUAUGACCUACCAGCUGCACUGUCACAGCCUCAACAAGAUAGCCGCCCAUCAAAUCGGGAGCGGACUGAUCGCCAGCGGAAACGUGCUUUUGAAAACCUGUGGGAAGAAGCAGCAAGGCUGCUUCAGAGACAACCGGGAUAUACUUACACUCAGAUGUUCCGCAGAGCACUAGUGGAUGAGGUGGUCGAGAAUGCAGAACAGAGUAAUAUGGUAGAUGCAAAACAACAGCGUCAUCGUGUUGGCCGCAAGGGAGUUAGCGCGGGUAUUCAAUUUUCAAAUGAAUCUGAAGGUGCCAAGCGAGAGCAGCAGUCGGUGGACUAUGUUGAAUUACGGGUGUGGGAAAGUGAGGAGUCGCGUAGCAAGGCAGACAUGCUGCAAACUCCUCUUGUGCAGAAAAUACAGGAGCUUGGUGUUAAAAUGGAUGCGGGCCUUUACAGGCGUGUGUUCGACGAUGCACUUGUGCGCCUUAUCCAGUAA